AUGAGGUUUCUGAAAGAAUUAGAGAUAUAUAAGUUUGCUAUAUGCAAUGCAGAAGUUGAAGAACUAAAAAAACUACCUAUCAGGCAACUCCUAUACACAAACUCAAUGAGUCAAUUUCUGGGAGUCUGCAAAAGAGACGAAUAUAUAAUCAUGCGCACGGAGGAGGGGGAUGUACAAACUUGGAAAAAAAGGCAGAUGAUAAUGAUGAAAGCGCCAUCUGCAAAAAGGAUUAGACUUGAUAGAAGGACGAUGCUAUUUAAAGCUAAAGUGGUGAACGCAAAAAAAGGUAGUUUAAUGCAAAAAAUAUCAAAGAUAAAAUAUGAAAAUGAACUAGGGUGAGAAAGUAGAUGCGGUGCAUUAUGAAGGGCUAUGGUUUGAGAACUGUGCAGAGCAGGGACUGAUGAGCUUGGAAUCAUGGAAAAAGUACUGCAGAUGACAUAA